GGCGGACACUCGUGAGAGGCGAUAAUCCAGCAAGUGCAGCAAAGCUUCUGGCCCGGUAGAUUCCACAAGCAGCCAGGACGCUAUGGGGAAGCGGAAGGGCAAGGCAGCGCAGCUCGCUGAUGACGCUACAGGGACGAGCGAACUCAACAAGCAUAUAAGAGAGAUGGAUGUGGAGGACGGGCCUGUUUCCGGACAUGCUUCAGUGGGGGCUUCGGAAGCCAGCGCCCCAACACCCCCGUCUGCAAAUGGCCACGCCCCUGGGGAGAAAGUCGAGAAGACGAGCGCAGACUACUACUUUGAUUCAUAUUCACACUUUGGCAUUCAUGAGGAGAUGCUCAAGGACACGGUGCGCACCAAGACGUACCAGAACGCCAUCUACCAGAACGAGUUCCUGUUCAAAGAUAAGAUUGUCCUGGACGUCGGCUGCGGCACCGGGAUUCUCUCGCUCUUUUGCGCAAAGGCGGGGGCCAAGCACGUCUACGGGGUGGAGUGCUCGGACAUAGCGGACAGCGCCAAACAGAUAAUCAAAGCGAACGGGUAUGAAGACGUGAUUACGGUCUUGAAGGGCAAGGUGGAGGAGCUGACGCUGCCAGUGGACCACGUGGACAUCAUUGUGUCCGAAUGGAUGGGCUACUUCCUGCUGUACGAAUCGAUGCUGGACACGGUACUCUUUGCGCGCGACAAGUGGCUUGUUCCGGACGGGAUCAUUCUUCCGGACAAGGCCAGUCUAUUCCUGACGGCGAUCGAGGAUGGGGACUACAAGGACGAGAAGAUCAACUUUUGGGACAACGUGUACGGCUUUGACUUCAGCUCCAUCAAGACGGCCGCAAUGCUCGAGCCGCUGGUUGACGUCGUCGACCCGGACCAGGUCGUCACCAACUCGUGCCUGCUCAAAAAGAUGGAUAUCAUGACGAUCGCCAAAGAGGAGUGCGACUUCACCGUCCCCUUCAAGCUGGUCGCGACGCGGGACGACUACAUCCAUGCGCUCGUGGCCUACUUCGACGUGUCCUUCACCAAGUGUCACAAGCCCAUCAGCUUCUCAACGGGCCCGAAGGCUCGCGCCACUCACUGGAAGCAGUCCGUGAUGUAUCUCGAGGACCGAAUCACCAUCUGCGAGGGGGAGUGCUUGAAAGGCACACUGUCCGUCGCCCGAAACAAGCUGAAUCCUAGAGACCUGGACAUCGUUUUGGAAUACAGCUUCGAGGGCAAAAAGGGGCAGGCUAAGCGGGUGCAACAUUACAAGAUGAGGUAGUCAAAGAGGUACGUUGCCAUUAGUGACCCCGUCAGUCGCUUCUUGGUGACGCAGGUGAAUCUACGAGAAACUUGGUUAGCGGCUGCUUUGUUUGCUUUGUGUUGCAAGGAAGAAGCAUUGUGAGAGGAGUGCAUCCAGACAUGUGAACCCCGUAUAGGUGCCCUAAGGUACUGAAGUAGCAUAAUGAGAAGCAUGCAGACCUGAGAUUCCGAAGCUGAUUGAUCAGUCCAGCGCUUCAGUUGGAAACUUGAACUCAAUCUGCAUGUAAGGAUGAAGUGCCCGUCAACGUAGGCAACCUGGCAAUCCUCCAGCGCUU